UUUUGUGUCGAUUCAUGUGAAGUCACGUUUUGUUAAAGGAUGAUCACUUUCGGCAACUUUAAGAACUUGUUAAGUUGGCGAAAGAUCGGCUGUCAUCUUUGCACUCUCGCCGUGGCUUUGAGCUUCAACAACACUUGGCGAACACCAAGAGAGGCGUUCCGGUACGGUGGUCUGCAAAGCUUGUUGUUGAUCACUGUUGCGUCGGCAUUAGUGGCCGUUCCUGUGGUUCUCUUGCAUCUCGCUGUAGGGCAGCUCAGCCAGCAAGACGCUGUAGGUAUUUGGAAAGCAGUGCCCUUCUUUAAAGGAGUUGGAUUUUUGAGGCUAUUAAUAUCGUUCUUAUGCUCCAUAUAUUCAAUGCUAUACUUAGCUUUGUCUGUUAUGUAUAUUUUUCACACUUUGAAUAAUUCUAUAUCAUAUGGGAAUUGCGCUGAGCUACUACAUCCGCCGACAGAGACUAUAGAAGAUAGUGAUGACGUACAACUUACAUACAACGUGACAGCGUGCUUGAAAGAAACAUUCUUGGCGCCUGUCGAUGAUCGGCCGGAGUAUUAUGUGGCUCUAGCGUUUAUUGUAAUUGUGUUUUGGAUAGUGUUUCCUUUUAUCCUUUACAACCCAGUAAAACUAAUGAAACGGAUGCUAUAUGUACUCGGACCGUUGGUAUUGCUACUAGCGAUUAUAAUAGUCAGUGUUAUUGGUAACAAACAAAAAGUUGAACUUCUCAGCAAAGUCGCUGAUUGGAAGAAUUAUGUGCAACCAAGUAUCUGGCACGGUGCGUUAGUACAAGCGCUGCUUACUUCUCAAACAGCGGGUGGAUAUCUGAUUUCUUCGGGGGAAUCAAUAUAUGCCGAUCUAGAUGUUCAGUGGAACUCGCUUAUAUUUGUCGCAACAAACAUUGUAGCCAGUUGGGCUGCCGUUUUGUUCUGGUUCGCGAUUGGAGGCGAGGGGGACAAAGAAACCGGGAAUUUGGCUGUGCUCAUGGAAAUAUAUAAAGUUUCUGUCGAAAAGAAUCUUAGCAAAGCGUGGCCGCUUCUAUGCUUUGCUAUGUUGACGCUCUCAGGAAUUAUUACAAUGUUAACCUUUCUUCACCCCCUUUACGACCGUUACCGGCGCGUGGGUGGAUACAAGUGGCGACAUGUCUCUAUGGGCAGCUCAGCGGUCAGUGCAGUUGGGGUUAUAGCUUUGGUCUCUGUGGGAGGCCAUGGCCUCGAAGUCGUUGAGGACGUCGUGGUCCCUUUCCUCGUCAGCGUGGCCACUGUCCUGGAGAUAUCAGCGUUUGUUUUUAUAUAUGGUUGGAAAGUAUUGGUUGAAGAUAUUGAAUUUCUCACUGGCAGAAAAAUAAAAAAAAUAUGGGUUAUGAGUUGGUGUGCUGUUCCUGGUAUAAUUGUUCCUGUUGCUUUAUGGUGGACUAUUUCCUGGUUUAUAAAGAAGCAAAACUGGACCGAAGCUCCUUGGGAAAAGGCGGCAGUCGUUUCGAGCGUCUGUGUUAUUUUCAUAUUAUUUUUCACAUUCGCCGCUGUGUCAGUAUCGAAACAAGUUCAAUAUGAUUUCAUCGGGAAACUGAAGUCAUCGUUUAGUCCGUCGAGACACUGGGGACCUCGAGAUCCUAUUACUCAUCAUUACUGGCUGGCGAGUCGAGAGGAAGGCGGCCAAAGUGCGCCGCCUACGAGAUAUCAACGACGGCAAUUAGGACAGUUCUCUGGAAGUUCUAGUUUCAAUGACGUGUCAAGUUCCUACAGUAUCAAAGAAAUGCAAGUCAUUGCAAAAAAAAGGAGAUCGAAUUCCGAUGAUUGGCUAGUCCUAUAUAGAAAACAUUAUAUCGCCGAAUUGUGUCACAAAAGAUGUGAAACUCGAAAGCGUUCAAAGUCUCUGGAUUGGGCUGUUCUACCACGACUAAAAUUGCAAAGUAAAUAUCAUUCUCGAAAGAACAUCCGUAUUAAGGAAACGUCAUUCAAUGCGUUCUGUUCUAGCGACAAACAAUAACAUUACUUUUGAUGUUAAAAGGGACCUUGUGUGUUUCGUAGCUAUUAGAUUAUGUAUGUGUGCUUAUAAUGUCUA